AGUGGGUUAAACUGAGCUGAUGAACUUGCUGACCGAAAGGUUGGCGGUUCGAAUCUGGAGAGCAGGGUGAGCUCCCACGGUUAGCUCCAGCUUCUGCCAAACUAGCAUUUCAAAAACAUGCAAGGGUCAGUACAUCAAAAGGUACCACUCUGCCGGGAAGGUAACGGUGUUCAAUGCAGUCUUGCCGGCCAUAUGGCCUUGGAGGUGUCUAAGGACAACGCUGGCUCUUCGGCUUAAAAAUGGGGAUGAGCACCAACCCCCAGAGUCGGACAUGACUAGACCUAAUGUCAGGGGAAACCAUAAACCUUAGUAGUAUUUGCUUAGGUGCCUGUUGAUGCCUGGUUAGAUCUUUUGUGAUGAUAAACAUUAGAAUAUUUUGCAUUUAUUUUGCAGUGCUAUUUAUUAGAAAUUCAUCAGAAAAAGCAUAAGGAUGUGGGAAAACUACAACUCCCAUCAUUGCCUGUCAUUGCCUCCAAGCAGCAUUAGGAGUGAAGAGUUGACCAUGUUGGGUCUGUGUGCCAAGUUUGGUUCAGGUCCAUGACUGGUGAGGUCCACAAUGCACGUUGCGUAUGGGUGAACUAUAACUCCCAUCGCCUAGGGUCAAACACCCUACCAAACUUCUCUAGUACUUUCUGUGGGUCAUGGGAGGGACUAUGGGCCACGUUUGGUCCAGAUCCAUCGUCACUGGUGUUUACAGUGGUCCCUGGUUGUGGGUGAACUAUAACUCACAUAAUCCACUGUAAGGCCUUCCCAAGCACACCAGUCUUUAACAUUGGUUGCGGGAGAGGGGUGUCUAUGCUCCAUGUACAGGAAAAGAUAUUUCACCUGAACAUUGGGAAGAACUUCCUCAAGAUAAGAGUUGUUGACAGUGGAACAUGCUGCUGACUUGGAGUGUGAUGGAAUCUCCUCCUCUGAAGGUUUUUUUUUUUUUAAACAAAGGCCGGAUGGCCAUCUGUUGGGAGGACUUGAAUUGUGCAUUCCUGCUUGGCAGAAUGGGACUGGACUGGAUGGCCCUCGGGAUCUCUGGCAACUCUAGGAUUCUGUGAGAGGAGGAGUUAUUCCACUCUUAACGCCCUUUGAGAAGGCAAAGGAAUAGAUUUUUGGAGAGAUUCCUUCCAAAUGAAUUUUUAUUCCGUUUUCCCUUUACAUUCCAUUCUUUUUAAUUCAGGAAAAAUCUCCAUAGUUUAGCUCAGGAAUGUCUCCACGCUGCUGGAAUUGCCCCUAUUGAGUCCUUUGAUUGGGUAAGAAAAGAACGGCAGCCUUUUGCUCCUGCACAUUCAAAGCAAGGUUGGUUGACUCUUUCAUUCAAGUUAUUUACCUGAAAGCAACGCUUGUGACUCUUUUUAUCCCAGAACUGAAGUUUGGCUUGAAGAGAGGAAGGGGAUGUAGGAGCUGAAUUCCACAAGUCUGCAGCCGGAACAAGGAGCAGUAAGAGAAGGAGGGAAAGCCUGAAGCAGGGUUCAGUCCGAACACGUGACCAAGGGGCCAACGUGGAAAGCACCGGAAGAAGGCAACGAGCUUCCAAGUCAAAGGAUGGAGCAGCGCUGGGAAGCCCAAUGGCAGGAGUUCCUGAAGACCCUCCAGUCGCCUUCCUCAACAUGGGGGAGCCUUCCGUCGGCAGAGGAGACGCCGUGGGACGAGGCCAAGACCUUUCUGGCCUCCUUCGAGCAAGUGGCCAAAGCCUGUCGGUGGCCAAAGGAAGAGUGGCUGAUGCCCGCCUUGAGCGGAGAAGCAGAGCAGGCCUUUCUGAGCCUGGAAGCCGGAGACAGGGGGGAUUAUGGGAAAGUGAAAGCGGCCAUCUUGAGAGCAGAGGCCCUGAGAGCGGAGCUGCAGCGCCAGCAUUUUCGGCAGUUCUGCUGCCAAGCGGUCGGGGACCCGCGAAGGGUUUACAGCCAAGUCCAGGAGCUUUGCAGUCGGUGGCUGAAGCCAGAGAGACGCAGCAAGGAGCAGAUCCUGGAGCUGCUGGUCCUGGAGCAAUUCCUGGCCAGUCUUCCCCAAGACCUGCAAGGAUGGAUCCGAGGCGGAGGGCCGGAGACCUGUUCCCAGGCUGUGGCCCUGGCAGAGGACUUCCUCCUCAAGAGACAGCAAGAGGCCGAUUCCGCCAGGUGCCAGGAUGUGUGUGUUGGUUCCCUGGAGGUGGAAGCCAAACCAGUGAAGGAUGCCGUGAUCCCUUUGCUAGGUGGUGGAAUCCAAGGUCCAAGUCCUUCCAUUUCAGUGUUUCCUCCUGAAGGACAAGUUGAGACAGAAGUUGGGCUGGGUGCGGGUCUGCUGGACUGCAGAGACACAGGCGUCCCUUUGCACAGGGCUGAGCAGACGCUCUCCCAGCUGGGCCAACAGACCAUCUUCUGGAAAGUCCUGCAGGAGGAGGGCGGAAACGCCCAGCCAUUUGGUGAGGUUGAUGUAACUUUGUUUAAAGUGGAGACGUCUCAGCAUGGAGUGAAUGUGCUGAAGGAGAGGCCCAGGGCAGUGCCACUCCUAAACCAAAGAGAUGGACCAUUGACAGCGGAGACGUGUGGACAAAGAAAUUAUGAGAAGAGAUGUUGGAGGGAGAUAAAGAUAUCUUCGCAGGUAGAGUCAUCACCAGCAGAACCAUCUCAGAGGAGUUUGCCUAUUGCAUCCAACAUUCAUAAAAGCGGAUACCGGCUCAUGGGUCAGGAGUCGAAGAAGUACAUGGAGACAGAGAGGAAACACACUAAAAGCCUUACAGGUGCUGAUAACAAGGCCUCCACAGACACAGGGAAGCCCUUGUUCUCCAAGUAUGGGAGAAAAUACCACAGUGUGUCAGAUGGGUUUGUUGAUCUGAACCCAAGAAAGAAAGAUGCUAAAUGUCCUAAAGAUGGAGAAACAAGCAAGAGCCACGGACAGUCUUUACAGAGAAACCAAAAUGUUCCUACAGGAAAGAAACUGCAUAAAUGUGUUACUUGUGAGAAGGACUUCAAAUCUAGAGCGCACCUGGCAUGCCACGAAUGUAGUCAUACUGGAGAAAAGCCAUACCAAUGUUCUCAGUGCGAGACAUGCUUCAGCCGGAAAGAUAGCCUGGUAAAACACCAGCUAAGCCAUACUGGGGUGAAACCCUAUGAAUGCUCUCAGUGUGGCAAGUGUUUCACUCUGAGAUCUACCUUGAAGAACCAUCAAAGAAUUCAUACUGGAGAGAAACCCUAUGAAUGCUCUCAGUGUGGUAAGUGUUUCACUCUGAAAUGUACCUUGAUGGUGCAUCAAAGAAUACAUACUGGAGAGAAACCCUAUAAAUGCUCUCAGUGUGGCAAAUGUUUUGCUAAGAGAUAUAACUUGAAGAUCCAUCAAAGAAUUCAUACUGGAGAGAAACCCUAUAAAUGCUCACAGUGUGGCAAGAGCUUUGCUGAAAGAAAGAAACUGAAGUGCCAUCAAAGAAUUCAUACUGGAGAGAAACUGUGAAUGUUUUCAAUGUGGCAGAUGCUUCAGACAGAGCUCACAUUUAAUUCUCCACCAGGGAAUCCAUCCUGGAAAGAAACCCUAUUGUGCCCUGAAUGUGGAAAGGGCUUCUCUUGGCAAUAUCUGUUGAAUGGACACCAGAGGACGUAUAGGUCCUUCUUAAGGACUCUUUAUCUUCUGUGCAUGGGGAGAACUGUGGUCUGAAUGAUGCACUGAACAAACAGUAUUUAUGAAGGUUGCUGAGAUAAUGUAUACUCUGUAGUUUGUAGCCCACUGCAAGGUGGGAGGGAAUUGGGAGGCCCCUCCUUCCUUAAAGCGCUCCUCCAGCUGCAGGGUCAAAUGGAAGACCAGAUUUCUCCUUUUAUAAUUCAGGAGACACCAUUUCAGAAUCUAGAUAAGUGGGUGUUACACAAGCGUUGUCGAAGGCUUUUGUGAAGUGCCUCACAACCUCUGAGGAUGCCUGUCAUAGAUGUGGGCAAAACGUCAGGAGAGAAUGCUUCUGGAACAUGGCCAUACAGCCUGGAAAACACACAACAACCCUGUUACAGAAGCGUUUCCAAUUAUUUGCUUUUUAGCAUUCAGCUUUUCAAAACUAACAAAUGUACUGUUAUCCUUCCACAUUUGCUGGUUUAGGGGCACAGGACCCCAUGGAAGUGAAAAAAAAAACAAUAACAGAAGGAAAAACAUAAAAAGAAGAUAUAAGGGAAAGUGAACUUGAUUAUAGAGGAAUUUAAGAGGAAAGAACAAAUGUUAUAUGCAGACAAUAGUACAAGUUUGACAAAAGUAGUUCUAAUGACAUUUUGUUGUAUCCACCAUUUCAUGUAACUGCAGUCCAACCAGGAAUGUAAAUAAAGAGCAGUUGCCAGAAAAUACUAGUUUCAUGUGCCUGUGGUUGAUCUUGGUAUCCAGCUUGUCAUAAUGACUGUUUUAUGCCAUAUUUGUGAUUUUGGGACUCCAAAGGAGAUCAGAAACUGGCAUUGGAAGGAGAAAUAAAUUCAGAGUGUUUGCAGAAGGACGUCUUCCUGAGGUCAACAAAAGCUGU